AUGAAACAGGUGGACGACGGCAAUGUCAUUACUGCUACUAUACCCACCUCCUCCUCCUCCUCCUUCCACCCCACUCCUCCUCCUUCUGCUAUUCUUCCUCAUUCUCCUCAUCCUCCUACCUCCUCCACUCUAUCCUCCUCUUCCUCCUCCUCUUCCUUAUUCUGCAAUUCUUCCUCCACUUCUUCCUCAUUCUGCAAUUCUUCCUCCACCUUCUAUUCCUCCUAUUCUGCCUCCUCCUCCUCCUCCCCUCCUCCUCCUCCUGCUAUUCUUCCUCCACGUCCUAUUCCUCCUUUCCUCUUCAUCCUCCUCCUCCUCCUUCUCCUAUUCUUCCAAAUACUCCCUAUCCUCCUCCUCCGCCUUCUGUAUUCUUCCUCCACCUCCUAUUCCUCCUCCUCCUCCUCCUCCUCCUCCCCACCCACCAAUCCAUCCCCCCCGAAAUCCCUGUCUAUUGCGGAAGUCCCCUGA